AUGCUUUCCUUCUUCUUCCGUCGGCCUCUGGUGUGGUGGUGUCGCUGCUUCGUCGGCUGGAAUCCAGGGCCAAAGGUAGGCAGGCGGUUGUUUACCAACAGCAGGGAGCACAGCUGGUGGCUGCUACUGCUGACGUCGACGGCGGGGCAGCCGAUGGCCGCUGCCGACGCGUCGGAUUCCGCUGCGGCUGGUGAGGUGUCGCAGUGCUGCCACGCGAGAACCGGCGCGGCUGACUGGCGAAACCGACACGCGCUCGGCCAGCGGGAGGGCGACGGCCUCUCCGUUGGCGCGUUGCACACGGCGAACGCACUAGAAAACACUGAUGAGGAUGAUGAUGAUGAGGAUGAUGAUGAUGAGGAUGAUGAUGAUGAUGAGGAGGAUGAUGAGGAUGAGGAUGAUGAGGAUGAGGAUGAUGAGGAUGAGGAUGAUGAGGAUGAGGAUGAUGAGGAUGAGGAUGAGGAUGAUGAGGAUGAGGAUGAUGAGGAUGAUGAUGAUGAGGAUGAUGAGGAUGAUGAUGAUGAGGAUGAUGAUGAUGAGGAUGAGGAUGAUGAGGAUGAGGAUGAUGAGGAUGAGGAUGAGGAUGAUGAGGAUGAUGAUGAGAUUGAACAUGCCCGCCUCCCUGCGCCACGGGCACUGGCAGUGAAGGCCACGCCGACCUCAUCCGGAAGCGCGCCGCCAGCGCCAUCUGGUCGCGUGCUGCGCCUGCCCCUGGCGGCGCUCCAGCCACUCAGCACUGGGUCGCCGCACCCAGCCUAG